UAUAGCGUUAAAAAGAAUAAUCCAAAUCUUACAAAAUGGUGUCUUUUGAGGAAGCUACUGAACUCGCCAAGAAGUUCUCCAAGAAGCCCACCGAUGCCGAGUUCCUGGAGUUCUACGGUUUCUUCAAGCAGGCCACCGCUGGCGAUGUGAACAUCGAGAAGCCCGGAGCCCUGGACCUGAAGGGCAAGGCCAAGUACGAAGCCUGGGCCGCCAACAAGGGACUCUCCAAGGAUGCCGCCAAGGAGGCCUACGUGAAGGUGUACGAGAAAUACGCCCCCAAGUACGCCUAAACCGAUUCUGGACCCCCCACGCACCUGCAGCUACUUAGUUGGAACAAUAAAGAUAACGCCAAAUAUUAGCAAUA